CACAGCGAAGCUCGCCAGUCACUACCACCUGCCACCUCACAACACAACACACACCGCACACAUGUCCAACACCAACGAGUCGAGCCCCCAGCCCGCUGGCUACUACGGCAACGAUGUCGAGAAGGGUAUGGACCGCCAGAUCGAGCGCAUGAUCACGCCUGGCGGCCACCCCAUCGACUACUCGCAGCCCGGUAUCCCCGCCCAGCACCGCAAGUACGGUAACCCCGUCCCUGUCGGUCUGCUUGCGUUCGCUGCCAACUUCUACCUCUUCGGCCUGUAUGGUCUUGGCCUCCGUGGCGUCGGCGGCGUCAACGGCCUCGUCCCCCUCCUCACCAUCUUUGGUGGUGUCGGCCAGACCAUGGUCGGCUGGUUUGAAAUGUUCAUCGGCAACACCUACUCUGGCACCAUGUUCAUCUCGUUCGGCGGCUUCUGCUUCGGCCUCGCGUGCAUGUUCAUCCCCUCGUUCGGCGUCAUCGCUGGCUACUCGGACGCCAACGGCCAGCUCACCAACCAGUUCGCCCAGGCGCUUGGCAUGUACCUCUUGGUCUGGGCAGGCAUCGUCUUCCUCUUCAUCCUCGCUUCGCUCCGUGCCUCGGUCGCCAUUCUCGCCGUGCUUGUUUGCGCCUGCAUGGCGUUCAUGCUCGUCGGCAUUGCCCAGAUGACCGGCAACGUUGCCGUCGGCAAGGCUGGCUCCUCAUUCUGCAUCAUCGCAGCCACAAUGGGCGUCUGGGCCGCCAUGGCCGGUUUCUGGACACCAGACACGACUUACCCCUGGGUCCGCAUCUCGCCCAUCGACCUCUCGCCCAAGGAGGACUAA